UCCGAUCUUGCUGAGCCUACCUCGUUUCUUCUGACGUGAGCUACGAUUUUCUUUCGGAGCAGAUAUAUCGGAAGAUUUGUUUUAACAGAAGUUCUAACAGACGAUUUCUUUAAAUAGAAAAUAAGAAAUAUCGGCAGAAAAAGUUUACAAAAAAAUUAAAAAUAUCUUUCUUCAUACACAAAUUCAGCACAUUUCAAGACAGCAAAAAAAUAACGAGAACCUUAUUAUAAGUGAUAAGAUAGGAUAGUCGAUAAAUGCCCCGCCAACGACAAAUGGUAAAUGUUUCGAUAAAAAAAUCGCAAAUUUAAUUAUAAAUUACAUAAUAGAAGGCAUAAAGAAGUUGCACACGUAACAAUUAUUUAAAAAUUUAUCAUAAAGAAACAUAAAAAGUAUAUACAUAUGUAUGUAUGCGAAAUAUUGGAAGAUUAGGAGGAGAAUAAGGGAAGAAUUUCUUGUGGAAAGAACACACUGCUGCGUACACGCGAACGAACGUAAAACAAAUUUAAAUAAGACACAGAUAAAAGGUAGCUCUUUGCGGAAGAAGCCGCCACGGAGAAAAUACGACGAGGGUCGCGCGCAUUCACAGUUCAACGCCUCGCAUCAUCCGCGAGAAUCGACGUAUAGAGAUAACGCAGCCAGCUGAUAUUCGUCUUGGUUUAACGACACAUGUGCGUUCUUUCUCUCUCUUUCACUCGUUUCGGCUACGCUGUUCAAUAGUCUAUCUAUAUUUAGCACAAGUGUCGAGAGGGAAAACGCGACGAAGAAAUAUUCCGAAGGAACAAGUCAGCGCGACGAAAGGACCGUCACGAAAAUCCAAGAGAAAAAGAUAAAGGAAGAAGAAGAAGAAGAAGAGAUGUAAUCAUUGUUAUUACCACGACUCUGAAGAUCGUGUGUGACUUGAAUUCACCCGCGAGGACGAGAGGGUAUUCCAAGAAGCACAUUAUCGUGGUAUUGCUAGUAUCUUGAUAGCGUACCCUUGACAUCGCGCUCCGCAGUCGAUACCGAACGCAGACACCCGAUACGCAAAAAUGCGGUAGCGCGGAGUCGGAGGGCGAAUUGGAGCCAAUCGAGAGAGAACCGUUUGCGAUCGAGACCCCAGUAUCGCGCGGUAUGGCUAACACAAUGCGUGUGACUAUCUACGUACUACGAACAGCGCGCCACAAGAUAAAAUAGACGUCGACACAAACGUGACAGAUAAAAAAGCGCAGAGCUCGACUGAAAAAACGUCGGUAUCCUUUCAACGCGUGUGAAAAGAAACUGAAUAUCGCACUGAUAAUCCGUGUCAAAUAGGCAUGAUAACUUGUCACGAUAAUCGGACGCAAUUUGCGCCGUGAAUUACACGUGGUUCCUACAUCGCUUUGAGGAGAUUUGGGAAAUGUGAAGACAUGCUGACCACUGAGAAUCCUGAAGAGUCGCCAAAGCGGCGAUCCACGUUCUACGUGCCAUUGGACGGCAGCGAGCCGGUGCGGCAUCAACCGAUUGCAAAGCUGACUAAAGGCCACUCAACAGAUGGCAGUUGUGAAAAAUUUGCCUGCAACACCUUUCCCAUCGGCAGUACGGCUAAGACGUCAACGUCCGGAUCGCUUACGCGCACUUUGAGUAACAACGACGGCUUCACGUCGAGGAGAAAUGCAGAUGAGACGUUGCCCGAGAUAAGAGGGAAGGUGCAGUCGUUGACGAGGAUUUUCGAGGCGUCCAAGUGCGAACGGCCGUCCGCGACGUCCAGUGGUCAGACGGAACAGAGGAAGAAAGUCGAGAGAACCAGAUCGUUCAAGACCAUCGAGCGAUUCCAGAGCCGAUUCACCGGUAGGAAGGACUCCAGCAAUAGAAAGGAUAAUCGUUUAAACAACACCAUUGCCUGCUUCGAGGUGGAGAACGAUGCCGGGUGUAGAAAGAAGCCGAUGAAUGCCGAAGAGAAACCCGCAGCGAGAAUCGUCAUCGAGUCGGCUCCGAAGUCGGCCGGAUCCAGCCGCGAGCACAGGAGCAGCCAUCAGGAGCCCAGGAUCAAGCAGAACACGACUCUUACGAAUCUUCUGAUCCGUAGAACUCACAGCACAAAGUUAGCAAGGAGCAACAGCACGUUAGUGCGUCUCGGAAGGCACGCUUCCGUCGAUAGUCCUUGUACCGUCGAGAAAACGGAUGUUCGUGCAAAUAACGAUAGGUUCAAGAACGAAGAAACCACCGAGGAUCCCGCUGUCGCAGAUGAUGAAUGCAUCGAGUCGUCCGUCUUCGAGGACGCCGAUAUCGACGGCGGAAUACACUCAGACACAUCAUAUGAGAAGGCUUGUCGAAGGGGUAGCGCGCCCGCCACUCCCGUGCUCGGCGCACGGCCUCUGGAUGUCACCCCAAACAGAAUUGUUAACUUCUUUUCGAAGCGAUCAUUCCGGUCGAACCCUUUGAAGAGAACGAAGAGCGUAACGAAGCUCGAGCGGCAAAAGCAACGUGGCGCCGGUCUCCGAGGAUGCCGUUCGCACGAGUCUCUGCUGUGCGGUCAGGCGGUGACCUCGAUGGACCUCGCAGCGGUGACGCCGCUGCAUCCGAGUCUCCUCGGCAGGCCCCACUGCUUCCAGGUCACACCGAGUACUGGCGGGCCGAAGUAUUUCAGUUGCAGAACCGCUCACGAACGGGACCAGUGGUUGCACAGCUUAAGGAAAUCCGUUCAGCCAGAUGCGGAACAGACACGCAGAACGGACAAUUCGCUGCAAAUCUGGUUACUGGAGGCGAAGGGCGUGCCCGCGAAGAAGCGAUAUUUUUGCGAGGUCUGCCUCGACAGCACCUUGUAUGCGCGAACGACUGCCAAACUGAAGGCCGACUUGUGUUUCUGGGGCGAACACUUCGACUUCCAUCAUUUACCUUCUGUCAACACCAUCCAGGUGAACCUGUACAGGGAAGCAGACAGGAAAAAGAAAAGAGACAAAAAUGUGUUAAUCGGUUCCGUCAGUAUACCAGUGCACAAUGUGACAUCGCGUUACUUAACAGAGAAAUGGUAUACCGUAGUAGGUGACAAGGGACCUCUCAAAGACCCUCCUGCUCUAAGAGUAAAAUGCCGUUUCCAAUCAGUUGACAUAUUGCCAGUUCAGGUCUAUCAAGAGUUUCUGGAAUAUCUGAAAACUGAUUAUGCAUCGCUAUGCGAAAAAUUGGAACCUGUUAUCGGCGUCAAGGCGAAAGAAGACAUUGCGACUGCCUUGGUAGCGGUGAUGCAACGGGAAAAAAAAGCGCCGCAAUUUCUCGCUGAUCUCGUCAUGAUGGAUAUUCAUCGAAUAGAUGAUGAAAGACUCACUUUUCGAGGGAAUUCUUUAGCCACGAAGGCAAUGGAAGCUUACUUGAAAUUGACCGGAGACAGAUAUCUACAAGAAACUCUAGGAGCCGUUGUGAGAGGUGCAGUCGAAGGCGGUGAUUGCGAAGUAGAUCCACUCAAGGUCGCUUCCGUCGCUGCGUUGCACAAACAACAACAGAACCUUCGCAACGCCGUAGAGCUGGCUUGGAACAGAAUAUUAUCGAGCCACGCUCAUUUUCCGCUAGAAUUACGCGAGUGCUUCCGCAUUUUCCGUGAACGUCUGGCCGAUUUAGGUCGCGAGGACAUUGCAGACAAUCUCAUCUCCGCAUCGAUCUUUCUAAGAUUCCUCUGUCCCGCAAUUCUCAGUCCGUCUCUCUUCAACAUUACUCACGAAUAUCCUAAUGAAAAAGCAGCGAGAAAUCUCACUCUGGUCGCUAAGACUCUUCAAACGCUUGCGAACUUCACGAGAUUCCAAGGCAAGGAAAAUUUCAUGGAAUUCAUGAAUGAUUUACUCGAACGCGAGGCUCCGUCUAUGAAAAAUUUCUUGCAGCUAAUUAGCAAUCCACUGCCAAAGGAUGCACCAACUAAUAACUCGCUUGAAUUUGAUGGGUAUAUUGAUCUGGGUAAACAAUUGUCUCUGCUGCACGCUCUUUUACGCGAAAGUGUGGCAACGAUAGCUCCAUCCUCGCCAUCGAUGCCACCAUCGCGAUUACCCGAGAUCCUCGACAGAAUCUCUAUAGCUUUAGAUCAACCAGGUCCGAGUCCCGUACCCACCACACAUCGUUAUCCGAACUUACAAAAUAAUAUUUUCCGCUACAAUGAUCCGACGAUCGUCAACAGCAACUCGAAUCUCUCCAUUUCGGCCACGUCGACACUGAGCAAUCAUAGUACUAUAAAUGGUACAAUCAGGGAUAGCAAUGAGGUGUUGCAAACUAACACUCUAGGUCACAACAGUUCGCGUAGUCCAAACGUCACAAGAGCAGCGACCUUACCGCGAAACGCUUACAUGCCAACGAAUGGCAAGCUGCAGCUGCAAAUCAACUCCGAUGAUUAUCCUUUAGAGCCGCCGGCGUUCGUGUCGCGUUCGCCGACACCGAUCACGCGGCAACAUCGACCGCUUGGUCCCAAUCGAUCUGGACCAGGUUACAGACUGACAACCAGCGCAAGCCUGGCAAACGUCAAUCACUGCCAGACUCAUCCAACAAGCCCCACACGUUCCGAGAGUCACAACAAUCUAAAGGAUUCCAAUUACAAUAUCACCACGUCCCCUCAAAGCAUCCAGUCGAGUAACGGUAGUAUUGUUUCUCAGCAGCAGCAACAGCAUCGGCACAACAUCGCACGUCUCGCGCAAAGUCUCGAUAUUCACGAUCGCGAAGACAAUUUUAAUCAUAACAAUUAUAACGUGUCGAGAUCGGCCAGCCGGAACCAUUGUCACAAGGAAGAGAACGCUAAUCAGACCCAACAGCGCAAUUAUAACAAUGUCUCGAAGACCACAGUAAAUGCUAACGUGGUCGUCAAUCCACCUACGAAUCUCACAUUAUCAAUCAAUCAUCAACCCAACAAUAAUUAUAACACUUCCAAGGGAAAUAACGCGUCCGCCAACGGUAAUCUUGAUGAGUUGUCUGAUUUACUGAGAUAUGCGGAUGAUGAAGUGUCGGAAUCCAAGUCACAGAAGGGCUCGCAAAUUUCCAUCUCGCAAUUGAGCAAUGUGGCUUCCUCGGGUUAUCAAAGUUUCGCCGCCUACAGUCAGAGCUCCAGUCCGGUGGAUCUCAGUAGUAACAAUGCAAACGCGCACAUUCUCAGUACGGCGCCAUUGGCAUUUGCCAAUCCUGUUUACCAUAUGGACUCGAAUCACGCGAGAACAGGCAGACGAGGCAGCAGUAGUUCGGAAGAGAGAGAUGGUAGCGGCGGCGGCGGCGUUGAUAGUGUAAGAGGCGUUGAUCUAAGCCCCUCGCCACCGCCCAAGAAUAACGUACGAAAUCAUCAGAGGAACGGCCAAAACCAAUGGCGACAAGGCAAUCAGACUCACAGAAAUAAUUCAGAACACACGCAAGAUGUUUGCUGCACGAAGCUCCGAAGAAGACUCUCGCUCGAUUCUACAAGAGAUCUAUCGGACACCAGUGAGGAAGAAAAUUGCCCAAACAGGAGAAGCAAAUCUCGCAGUCAUCGAAGUAUCGAUCAGUACGAAGUGGAUCUGUAUGAAGUGGAGAGGCUACAGAAUAGCGUAGAUCGGCUGCGAUUGCGCGCGCGAUUAGGUGCCAACGAGGAUGCCGAUUUAGAUCUCGCGUCCGACAACAACAUGAAGAGCAUCAUUUCCAGGUUAAUCUCCGUGGAGGAGGAACUACGUCGUGAACAGCAGAAGAUGUCGGCGGCGUUGUCGUAUAAACAGCGCGUGAUCGACGCGCAGGAACAGCAAAUAGCUGCCUUGGGUGCCGCGAACUCACGUCUCAUGUCGACAAACGCGAGUCUGCUUUCGGCGCUGAGCAAGCAACGCUACAAUGCCAAAUCUCAGGCCAACAAUGAAGCUGCACCUCUCCUACAGAACAUCGCCGAUAUUGGCGAGCUUAAAAGCUCAUCGUGUUAAGCGAUGUUAGAUUGAAAAUCAAGAAAACAAGAAGAAAUCUUCGAACGGAGAAAAUGUUUUCUUUCAUAGAAGUCUUGUACUGCAAUACGCAUUAUAAACGACGUCAUCAAUGACGACGUUUAUCUUCUCUGAAUAAUCUUGCAGCACCUCUAUGAUGUAGUCGAUUUGUUGCAAGAGAUAAGAAUUCCAAAAGGGACUAAUCAUUAGUCAAGUCUAUGCGAAUUAACGUCGUUAUUCGAAGGAAAUAAGGGAAAAUUCUUUAUUCAGAGAAGUGCGAGGGGUGCAUUGAUCUUCUUUGGUUGCAAUUUGUUGCAUGAAUUCCACGAAUUAUUUAAUCGACACUCAUUACCUUCCGAUCUUGAGAUUACGCGCUCGAAAAGAAUGUUAAACAUGCAGCGCGAAUAGAUCCGGUGUUGACCUGGACUCACGAAACUCGAGGAUGCGGAGUAUCGUACCAGAAAAUAAUAGAUUGCGACAUAAGAGAGAAUUGCGUGCGAGAAAUAGAGGCUAUUUAGUAAAUAGGCAAACCGAAUAAGUAGACAACUUUCGUCGAAUUUAUAUAAUGUGACAUAGCGUUAAGCUAGGUUUAUUUGUAAGCGGAUAAGAAAAAAAUCUGCGACUCAUCCAAGGUUCGAUCGUGGAAAUCGCUCUGAUUACAUGAAUGACGAUCGACUCGCGACAGUGCUGACCAUUGAAAUGAAUAUUUGUGACCGCAAGUCUUCUAACGGCGACUUUGCUUCGUUCGGCACGAACGAAACGAAAGUGGCAACGAGACUGAAUUUUAAUUUUAUUCAAGUUGAAGAUCCUCGAUCAGCAGCGAAAAGCGAAUCGAUUGCAUCUUCAUUGAUUCAAUACGAAUUAUUUUGAUCAUGUCUAUUCAAUUAGCGAACGUAUAAAUAGAAAUUGAACUUUAUUGAAAAGUAUGAGU